AAACACAAAAUUGCAAAAACAUACAACACCGGGUAUUCGCUAAUGGUCACCCACUUAACUACUAAUCCGGCGGUUAGUGGCUUAUUUAGGGGAGAGCAGACGGGAUCCCAAGUUCUCCACUACCUAUGGUCGUAUGUGCUUAUGAGUUGA